AUGCUCUUGACGGUGCGACUCUGGAAGAUAUCUUUGCUAUUCUUCCUGGCCAUUGAAUCCAGAUUGUGCAGUCUGCUUCCCAAAUGGAAUCCGUCAGGCGAGGCUGAUUCUCCGCCCCUCUGGGAGGCACUCCGAAAUCAAUUUCCAGGGAUUUUUUCUCCCGAGACGGAUUCUAGCAUUCACUCGGCAGGCUUUUCAAACCGAGGUCCCGGAGAUAGAAGGGAGAUCCAGCGUGGCUUGAAUGAUUUCCCAGGAGGAAGUAGCCGGGCAACGAAAUCAACACCGACGGAAACACCAAAUGGAGCAAACGAUCCUAGUAAUCAUCUGUUUGCCGGAUGGAACGACCAUUUUCCUGCCACUGGAGGCACCCCAAGUUCAAAUCCACUACUGAUGAACAUGUUAGAUGGCACCCACACAUCGCACAAAGGAUACCCAGCGCAUUCCGGCAACGAACCGAUUCCGUUGUUUGAUGAUUGGUUUUUUCGAGCUAUGGACCCUUUGCAGACUUUUCGUUCGAUAGAAGAAGUUAGCAACGCAGGUCCAAGCUUCCCCUCAGCUCGACUACCAAAUGUUAUAGCCGCCUCGGAAGGAGUCUCGCAAAAGGCACUUACCCAGACUCCUCGCAGGGCUAGCACUAAGCGGACUGCAGGUGUUCGCCUUGACGUAACCAAAGGGCCAAUGGCCAAAAAACCGAAACUGAAAACCUUUGAAUCAUUGAGAUUGACACGCUCACAAAUUCAGGAAGAACUCGUGCGCGAAUUGCGACAGAGCUUGAAGGAAGCCGAUGCGAUACAUCUCGAAACGCAUUCGGCACUGGUCUCAAACGAGCAACGGAACAUAUUUCCCAUAGAGGCUGCCGAUCUCAAGCAACUCGUCAGCUAUUACAUAUAUCGAUCAAGAUACAAUGAAGGGUUCACUAUAACUAAAAUAACUACGAAGGACGACGAUGAAAAUGAAGCCCGCAACGCUAUCAAGCACUUUCGAUCAUCAAUUCAAGCCCAACUCCAAUCCUACGUAGAUGAAGUUGACAUUCCAUGGUUCCAACCAUAUAUGGCAAUGGAAUCGUGCCCAACCAAUCCGAUCAUCGCAUCGUACUCGGCUCGCGUCAUGAAAGACUUCUCACAAUCAAUAAAAGACCUUUCUGAAAAGCGGGGAAACUCAAAAUAUCAUUCAGUUACUCUGACCAGUCGGGUCGUAUCUGCACUACCUUUCUACUUGUUCUAUGUAGAUAUGAUCAACACCCUGGUUCCCCUUCAAGGCAGAAGCGACCAAGCUGGACUGAGAUCGCAGAGGAUAACGGCAGGGAACCAAUUGAUCGGAAUAGCAGACCGUUUACUUUCCGCAACUGAGACGGAUUUGAAGAUGGGUCUCGGGCUGGACAAAACAGUCAUUCUUGCGUUUCAGAAUUCCGUCAAUUCAAACGACAGAUACGCAAGAUUCAUUUGGAAGAUGAUAGGCUACUGGAUCAAUUCCUCCAGAGAAGACCUGGCCGAGGCAGCCAGUCCACAAUUCGAAAGAUUGAACAAUCUCGCCGUCAAUCUAAGGUUUAAGGCAUUCUUCAACGACAUAUUUAUAUCCUUUGUUCUGGGACAUCUUCCACCAAAAUAA